ACCCGAGGCCUGUGAGAACCCCUGAAGACAAGCUGGACAAAACUCGAUACUGCGCGUAUCAUAAGUCUCCGGGGCAUAAUACCGAUGAGUGUCUCGGCCUUUUGUCAUCACUCUUACAGUUAAUCGGACAACCUCAGCUUCAAAAGUUUCGAAAUUUUGAUAACCGCUGGAAAGGAAGGCCCUUGUAUCUUUCAGAUGAUGAAGAUGAUGAUAACCGACCUGUUAACCAGAAAAGAGCUCGCGCAAACGAUAAGGAGGUCUUUACGUUUUCUACUCAUGUCGGAACUUCGACUGACAAUUGCAGGAAAUCCCGAACACAUGACGCCUUAGAUUCUUCACACUACAUACCUCGAGUCAAUUCCAAUAAUAAGCAAUUAGAUACUUCCCGACGGAAAGUCAAAGCCUAUGCCCGGGAGGCACAAAAUGCCGAGAAACGAGUCAUGAAUGUUGAUCUUCGAGAUACCAUCAACAAACAAAAUUGUCCCAUCACAUUCAGUAUCGAAGAUGCCAAUUUAUUCGCUCAUCCUCAUUCCGACGCCCUUAUUAUAACAGCCCCGAUUGGAGGGAUUCCUGUUCAUCGGAUUCUAGUCGACACAGGAGCUUACUCAAGUAUUUUGAUGCUCCGCACGUUCAAAAAAUUGGGUUUGGACCCAGCAGACAUUAGGCCUUGCAACGACCAAAUUCAAGGUUUCAAUGGAAGCAUUUCUUGCCCUGUCGGCAAAAUACUGCUCCCUAUUCGGUUUGGUGGCUUUGGACCAAAAUCCAAGAUCAUUAUGGAGACUUUCAAAGUCUUGGAUGUCCAAAAUGAGUAUAAUGUUGUAAUAGGACGAACUGCACUUUACAAACUUCGUGCUGCUGUAUCAAUUUUCCAUUAUGCCCUGAAGUUCCCCACCAUUGAAGGAGAAGGCACUCAUUAUGGAGAUCAACGAGAAGCCCGAAGUCUGAUGUUACUCUCAACCUCGCCUAACUUUCAUAUGAUUGAAGA